AUGAGUGCUGCGAUGGCCAAGAUCAGCGCCAAUGUGGCGAUCUUCUUCACAGUUCUGACGUCCAUGUUCUGGCUGGUGCUCAUCUUCCAGGAGAAAGGCUGGGCUUCCAAGACCUGCGCCUGGUACACAUUGGACUUGGGCGCGUGGAAGGUGACCGUAUCUCGGGGACUCGUGGUCAAACUCCUCGUGCCGGACAAGGCGAGGUCGCACAUACGUAUGGCCGCUCCCGCAGGGCUCGCACAUUGCCGUGCAAACGUGAUCAUGGGUUGCGGGGCAAGCAGCGUUGAGAAGAAGAGGAGAACAGGUCGCGUAUCGUCCUUCACGAUGAGGGCCCCCAUUCCCACCGGAGUUCCGAGAGGGACCAUUCUGGCCCCGGACCGGGAAUGCCACGACGCCCACGUGAAGAGCUUAAACCGCUACCUGAGGAAGGUGAAGAAAGACCCGCAAUCCUUCAAGAAGUGGAUCGAAGUUGAGCGGUUUGACCGGGUUGCUCCGGCCGUCGCGGAGGCGAAGCCAUCCAUGCAGACGCCGAGGAACAAGGCGAGCAGCUUGAUGUCAAGGACAAGAACUCUCUGA